GAGCAGAUAGCAGCUGUGAUGGGGAAGAAGGCGUAUGAGCACGUCAGCAACGUACAGUACAAGUAUCUCAACCCUAAUCUGGUGGGUGUGGUCACAGAGUCCACAGACUGGACCAAACCUCUGGUGACAGUGUACCUGAUAGACAGUAUCACUGGGGCCAUCAUCUACCACACCUCACAAGAAUGCCCUGGGGCCCCGUGCACAUGGCUCACUCUGAGAACUGGGUUGUUUAUGAGUUCUUCAACAGCAAGCAGCGUCGCCAUGAAUUAGUGGUUCUAGAGCUCUACGAAAUACACACCAACCAAUCACACACUGUUUGGUCGUCGCUGGCCCCUCCCCCCACCCCCGCUGUCAUGUCACAGGCCUACACUCUUCCCACCACCAUCACCACUCUCCCAACCACACAGACUCUCAGGGGAAUCACUUACAAGGGAGUUAUUUUUGGUCUUGCGUCUGGUCGAGUGGUGAUCAUGCCCAAGUCUCUACUGAACCAUCGCAGAGAACUGGAGAUCACUGACCAAAUGAAGGAGGACAGGACUCCUCCCUACCAUCCCGAGAUUCCACUCAACCCUCUUAGCUUCGUCAACUACAAUCGCACCGUUGCUAGGAUACGAGAAAUUUACGCUACACCCAGUGGGCUUGAGUCCACGUGUCUACUGUUCGUCUGUGGACUAGAUCUUUACUACACUCGAGUGACUCCGUCCAAUCAAUUUGAUCUCCUGGCCGAAGACUUUGACUACACUCUCAUCAGUGCAGUAGUGGUAGGCAUGUUCGUAGCCACUCUCGUUCUCUCAAGACUAUCAGCCAAGAAAAUGCUAAAAUCUCUCUGGAAGUAGCCAGUGCUCAACUUGUUAGGAGUUCAUUGUUAGUGUUGUGCAGCUGUGUGUGUGUUAUGCAUCUCUAGAAUCAGUCCUUCGAUCACCACCGAUUUAUAUUAUAUCAUUAAUGAGUGCUCUAUAUAUCUAUUGGUAAACUUUG